AGUGCUCUGCCCGCCCCACUGUGGUCAACAUGAGCGUUCUCCGGAGGACCAUGCAGGUGGCGCUGGUGUUGUGCUGCGCAGCCGUUGUGCCGUGCGUGCUCGCCAAGAUGGAGGAGGGAGCCGGCAAGCGGGUGGCCAAGCAGAUCCACACCAAAGCCGCAGUGGUGGACUCCGAGAACGACCACAACGCCGCAGAGACCGGCUUCGGCGGGGGCGGCGUCGGCGGACACGGCAAAUACUUCCAGGACUUCUACAUGCUGCUGUACGGGCCCCUGCAGAUGGAGUACGGCCACGUGUGCGAGGACCCCGAACGCUGGGAGCAGCGCUUCGAGCGCAGGGACUUCCAGAACCACAGGCACCAGGGACAGGCUCGCUGGGGAGACAAGCAUGGAGGCUACGGAGAGCACUACUGGGACUACAACCACGCUGGACACCACGAGGAUGGCGGUGAUGACGGCGGUGAUGGUGGCUACAGCGAGCCCGUCCCCGAGUACAAGGCGGCGCCCGGCGCCCACCACAAGGUGACAGCCAAGAGGCAGUCCGACGCCGCUGCCGCCCCCGCCGCCCCCACCGUCUCCGAGGCCCGCGUCAAGAAGAGCGCAGGCGAACCUCGCCUGGUGCUGGACGUGGCCACCGGGCGCGUCGUGGACGAGGCGUCUGGCCAGCAGUUCACCUUGACGCCCGUCAACUGAGCUAGCUGCACCGACCGCACGAGACAACGGACACACACUUUUUAUACUUUUUUACCGCUUUUUUGUUAAUUUUCUUAUUUUGUUGUAUUUUGUUAAUAAAAUUUCAGAUUUACACUA